UUGCCUCAGGAGUCUCCUCGAAUUGACACGGCCUACAAGGACCUGAAGACGACCAAGAACCUGGAGAACUACAUCCAGUGGUUCAACAGGCUCAGCUACAUGGUGGCCACAGAAGUCUGCAUGCACGUAAAGAAGAAGCAGCGGGUCCGCCUGAUCGAGUACUGGAUAGAGGUGGGACGCGAGUGCUUCAACACGGGCAACUUCAACUCUCUCAUGGCCAUCAUCGCCGGACUAAACAUGUCGCCCGUCGCCCGGCUCAAGAAAACGUGGUCUCGAGUGGACAGCGCUCAGUUGUCUGUUCUCGAGCAACAGAUGUCACCGUCCUCAAACUUCCUCAGCUACAGGAGGACACUGCAGGCUGCCAUGUGGCGUUCUUCCAACUCCGACACGGGCUCCGAUGGCAGACAGAGGAUUGUCAUACCGUUCUUCUCACUACUCGUCAAGGAUCUGUACUUCCUCAACGAGGGAUGCGCCAACAGACUGGUGGACGGCCACAUCAACUUUGAAAAGUUCUGGCAGCUGGCCAAGCAGGUGACUGAGUUCAUAGCCUGGAAACAGGUGACCUGUCCGUUUGUGAAGGAGAACAAGGUCAUUCAGUACCUGAUGACCGGUCCCGUCUAUGACGAACAUGCUCUGUGGCUGGCCUCAUACGACUGCGAGCACCCGGAGAACAGCUUCGAGAAGGACCGGCUCAAGGUUCUCAAGUCCGAGAACGGAACUCCGUAGUGACAUCAUCACGUACCUGAUGACGUCACGCGCCGCCUCGAGGAGUGACGUCACACCCAGCGCCGGACAGUGACGUCACAUCAGUCGCCGGGCAGUACAAAACGACAGAGACGCGGCGCUUGCAGCCAACUGACGUUGAUGACGUCAUAUGUAUGACGUCACAGGCGGCGGUGGUGGCUGUCGCUACUUGCUAGUCAUCGGAAGUGUUCCUGCGAGUGCUUAUGAGUUUUUGCGAAUGUUUGCGAGAGUUUGAGUUAUAAGGUGUGUCCGGUGCAAUACCGAAGUCCCAGCACCAGAAUUUUGACGCCAUCGACUCGCUGGUCCAAGUCCAGUGAUGACUCGCCGCUGGGUGAACAUGAUGACACUUUGACGUCAAUGUGACGCCAUACUGACGUCACUGAGUGUUGAUGUUGUGCCGCACUGACGUGUCUCCGUAUGAUGUGAUUGUCUUAGCCGUCGCUGUCUGCUACGAUGGUUGUACCAAGAGAUUCACAGUCACUGUAUUAAGAGGGUCAUUUGGGUGGCUGAGCCCAUCCCUCGUUGCUAUGUGGAUACCAAUCUAAGCGAUGCGGACUGUUCUUGUCAUAUAUCCACCCCCUCCAAGGGUUGACCGAGGGCCGCUGAUUUGACAUUGACAGUGGCUCGAUCCUUCUUUGCUGCCAGUCAAGGCAGCCUUCCCAAGCUGCAUUCGGACUACUGCUGAUGCCUGAUACCGUGUUGAGUUGGGUAAAGUCUUCAAUGAGGCAGCUAUUGCGAUCGUGUAACUAUUGUUUUUUUAAUGUUGCAUUGUGUUAGUCAUAUGAUUGGCCCGAUUGUGUGAUCAUUCCUCGUGGAUUUGUCGCUUUUCUAUUGUUGUUUUUCGUUUUGUGAAUAUGCCGCUUUUCUGAUUACAUGUCGAGUAGCUGAUUGAUUUGUUGUCGAUGGUUUUUGUGUUACUUUUGUACAUAUAUACUACGGAGAGAAUACACGUCCCUGAUUCCCAGCUA